ACUGCAGUGACAGCAGGAGUAACCGAGUGGGAGGCAGGACAGAGCUGCGGGACACAGAGAGGUAUGGAGAGGGAGGUCCAGAGGCCAGUUAACAGUGAGACCCAGAAAAAGGGCAGAGGAGCAGGGUGAGGGGUAGUGAGUGCCCAGGGCAGCAGAAAGGGAGUAGAAGACAGGGCACUUGUGGGUCGCAGAGGCGCUCAGCCAUGGUGGGAGCAAGGCGACACUGGCUGCCAGAUCCCUUACACAGCCUGAGGCUGCCCAUAGCUCUGGUGCUUCUGGUCCUGGGAACAGGGCUGGCCCAGGAGGGGUCAGAACCUGUCCUGCUGGAGGGUGAAUGCUUGGUGGUCUGUGAGCCUGGCCGAGCUGCUGCAGGGGGGCCUGGGGGAGCAGCCCUGGGAGAGGCGCCCCCUGGAAGAGUGGCAUUUGCUGCAGUUAGAAGCCACCACCAUGAGCCAGCAGGGGAGACCGGCAACGGCACCAGCGGGGCUAUCUACUUUGACCAGGUCCUGGUGAAUGAGGGUGGCGGCUUUGACCGGGCCUCAGGCUCCUUCGUGGCCCCUGUCCGGGGAGUCUACAGCUUCCGGUUCCAUGUGGUGAAGGUGUACAAUCGCCAAACUGUCCAGGUAAGCCUGAUGCUGAACACAUGGCCCGUCAUCUCAGCCUUUGCCAACGACCCUGAUGUGACCCGGGAGGCAGCCACCAGCUCUGUGCUGCUUCCCCUGGACCCUGGGGACCGGGUGUCCCUGCGCCUACGACGGGGGAAUCUGCUAGGUGGCUGGAAAUAUUCAAGUUUCUCUGGCUUCCUCAUCUUCCCACUCUGAAGACUCAGACCUUUCAAAGAUAGAAAUCCAGUCCCUGACCACUGCCUUCUCUUCUCCCCUCCCCUGACCCAGAAAUAGCAUCUUUGGGGCAGGAUAGUGGUUAGGAGGGUGGUUCCCUCAGGCUGUCUAUAUCCCACCUCCUUGCAUGUGCCAAAUACAAGGUUAAGAGUAGAGAAGAGCAGAGUUGGGCCACUCCAGAUCUGGCCUUCUCACAAUCCACCCUUCUCCCCUGGUUGCCCUCCUAGUCUCCUGCUACAUCUCUAUGUACCUACAGCCCUAGAAUCAGGGCAAGGUUUGGCAGAGAGAGAGACCUGCACAAUUUUGCAGUUUCUGUCCUCCUACUCCCCUACCCCAGCUUCCUGCUCAGUGCUAUUUGGAGACAGGUGGCACAGGUAAGCUUGACAGGCUCCAACAGGGACCCAGAUGGACCAGCCUCAGAGUACGCUGCAGGCUCCUUCCUAUGAAGAGUGCCAGCAUCAUGAGUGUCAGCCAGCACCGUAUGGACUGGGGCAGGAGGUUCAGCCACAAGCAGAAGCAUGGGGAAGAUCACACAGCACUCCAGAGCCUGUAGUUGGUGAGCCAGGAAGGGGCAUAAGCCUAGCUUAAACACAGUACAUGUUUUCCUUGUACACUGGGACAACCAGCAUGCAGGCAUCCUGGCUCUCCACUUGUACCAGGUCCCAGAUGGACUCUAGCCCUCAUCUUCCCACCAGAGAUCUGGGUGUGUAUGUUUGCUCUGGCUGAGAGCAGGCUGGGAGCUGGUGUACAGAGAUGGAAAUGGGGGUUGAAAGUCACACAUGGAGCAUGGAACACAUCUAUGACUAUGUGUCUUUUUGCUUGACCAUCUCCUGGAACUACUCUACCUUUGAAGUCUGAACUUGAGUCACUCCAUACUCUGCCUACCACCUCCUUCCUCCAGCCCUUCUCUUUCCCUCCCUUCCCCCUUUCUUCUUCCCCCUUCCCUUCCCUUCCCCCUUCUCUUUCCUUCCCUCCUCCCUCUCCCUCUCUUUCUCUCUCUCUCUCUCUCUCUCUCUCUCUCUCUCUCUCUCUCUCUCUUUCUCUCUCUCUCUCUCUCCCUCUCCCUCUCCCUCUCCCUCUCCCUCUCCCCUGACCCCCCUCUUUGUCUUUCUCUCUCAUCCCACCAUCCCAUUGGUCCAGCAUGGAUGAAUCUAUCAAUAUAGUAAUUACAGAAUGGUAAUCACUCUCCCUGUACAUAGAAGACGUAUUUUGGAUCAGGGAUUGCAAGAUAAAAGUAGGUGUGGUAUGUUGUAGAGAAAAUAAAUGUAAAACUAUGUAAUACAA